GCUGACGUCUGUGCUCGCUCAAAGUUUUCUUCGUACUUCUCCAUCAGCCCCACCUUCAGCCCUACUUCCGUUUACCAGUUCGCAUAGCGGAAGUGCUUUAUAUACGCUUACAAAAAUGUAUACUAGUACAUUUUGUGCGUCCCGAGCUCCUUGAUCACUAGCUGCUGGUCGCAAUGGCAGCGUCUCCAGCAAACAAGUUUUUUUGUGGACUUCGGCGGAGGUGCUCUUGUUAGGGGUUUGUUUGCGAUGUAGUAGUUUGGAGGUUGAUGGUCGUUUCAUGUUGGGUUUGUUUGUAGGGCUGAUCGUGCGCUUCUGGAGUUGUAUGCUCUGUGAGUAAUCCGCAUGUGGUUAGUUUGUAUCGGUUUUCGCUCGGUUUUUCGUUAAUUAACUGAGCAAUUCUCUUCUGCUUAAUUAAUCGAUGAGGCAAAUCUUUUGCCUCCGUUUCAAAAAAAAAAUCUGUAGGUUUGCAGGGGAAGCUCUCCCGCCUACCUUGACAUCCGCUGCUGCUCAGCCACCUCUCUACGAUGGCUCAACCAGGUUGUACAUGACGUAUGUCUGCCCGUAUGCGCAGCGGGCGUGGAUCGCGAGGAACUGCAAGGGUUUGCAGCACAAGAUCUUGCUCGUCCCCAUCGAUUUGGAUGAUAGGCCAGCGUGGCUCAGCAAGAUUUACCCCAAAAAUCAGGUACCCUGCCUAGAGCACAACAACAAAAUGAUAGGAGAGAGCUUGGAUUUGAUCAAGUACAUAGACAGCAAUUUCGAAGGCCCCAAACUGAGUCCUGAUGAUCCUGAAAAGCAAGGGCUUGCAGAAGAACUGCUGGCUUAUUCAGACACCUUCAAUCAAGCGAUGAUGUCGGCAUUGACUACCAAAGGGGCAGUGACUGCUGAUGCUGGCAAGAGCUAAGAAGACUUGUUGAAAUUCAACUAUAAAUAUAUGUUCAUGCUGAUUACUAACCUGUGAUUCAUUGCUGGUCAAUAGAAGCUGCUCUGGACAAAAUAGAAGUCUCCCUUUCAAAAUUUGAUGAUGGGCCUUUCUUUCUCGGCCAGUUCAGUCUGGUAAUUUUGCACUCCGUUCCUUAGAGCUUCUCCAACAGGCGCGCGAAAAGACGUGCGCGCACGGUAAAUCCAGCUUUUAGCGCGCGGAACGUUUUGCCGCGUUCCAGCGGUGGCUGGAAACUCGUGCGCGGGAACCGUUUGCGCGCGCGCGCGAAAAGGCGACCGCUCGCGCGUCAUUUUUGGCGCACCGCUUCCGGUGCGCCUAUAAAAUGCGG